UUUAUCAUGACACCAACCCCUGGGGCGGGACUAUAAGGACUAACAGUCCUGAGUUCACGUUAACUCUCCGGUCCGGACGUCUACCCAGGUAUAUCCUCUGAUUGAGCUAUCGAGUUAACCAGCAAAUUGCGUUCAUAAAGUAAUUCCCAAUCGGCUUUCACAAGAAAAAAAUGAAUAGCUCUUGUAUUGGCAAUUUCCGGCUUCGGAUACCGAUUCGUCAUGCCGUGUUCAGAACGGCGAUUUGUUUUUGCCGCUCAAAAAUUACCAGUGAACAAAGAAGAAAUGUUGUGAUUUCGAGUUCCUCGUGGUAUUGAACAGAUGGCGUGUACUUGGGUGUAAUUCUUCGGAGAAGCCAUGACACUUGCCCCUAUCCACUAGGAGAAGGGGACAUCGCCAACCAAUGGAGUAGAACCCGCUUUGGCAGCCAACAUGCGCAAUGCCUCCAGAGCCCCCAAAGACCAGGAUUCCACCUGAAACUUCUCUCUCAGCUGUAUUUCUUUAACAUUAGAGUAAAUGACCGACGCAUAUUUAGUACGUAUGACCGUACUGACGAUAUUAUAGCCCUCAUCAUUACCCCCUCUUUCUAAAAUUCGAACUCGUAUCCUUGGCUCCCACCUUUUAAAACCAAAACUUAAAUUUGUCCAGUACGAUAGUAAUAUAACGCGACAGUAUUUCACUCUACACCGCCAUAUGCAGGUCUCUCGUUAAACCAGUGAAUAACCUCGAAUAAUUCAUUAAAGAGUCGAUCGAAUGUUAGCAAUAGAACUGCUUACUGUACAAAAUGUCAAGUAUUCGAUGAAAUAUUUAGUGACAAGAAUGAAUGAAGAAACUGCGAGAUGAAUAGACAUUCACCUCCAAUCCGUGAUAAUUGAAGGUUCAUAUAAAAGUGCAACAGACAUAAGAGAAACUGAUAACAUGGCGAAAUUACCAUCCUACCGGAUAUUCCUCAUGUUUUUUGAGGCAAUCUUGGGUAUAUCAGCUACCACCCACUGGGUGGUCACUGAGAAUGGGAGGGUACAGCCGCAACUCGAAUCUGUGUACAGUAUGAAACGUCCCUAUGACCUUCCAGCAUUUUUGGAACAGGAAAGUCGAAUGGAUGCAGUGGAAGUACUGCACAAAAAGAUAUUAACAAGAAAGGUACUCUUAGAUAGUCAGAUGGCUGUCUUAAACUCGAUAGGAGACCUCGAGUCCUGGUUACAAGCCUCAAAUCCAGAUUGCAUAUCGAGCAGAAAGUUGCUAGAAGAUUUUGAUUUUUACGCUAGUGUUGCAACAGAUGGAAGCUACAGGAAAGGUGUAACUCACAAAGACUAUUUGCUUCAUGGAAUUCCAAAUGAACAGAAAAAGAGAGUACCGGACUGCAAGAAAACUUUCCCGCUUGAUUUCAGUAUGUACACAUUUGAUCAUUUAAAUGCUAUGAGGAAUAGGAAGAACUUGUCGCAGCAUCAGGAGAAAGGAUUGAUUAAAUACCUGCCAGAGGGUACGGAUUUGAAUAAAUUUGGGCAUCAGGUGGCCCAUGGAUUGCUGAAAAACAGUACGUCCUGGCUACAUCUCAAUCUCGCUGCGAUAUAUUGGAGAGUGAGGGGAGAUGCUUACAAUGCAUUGGAAUGCGCUCGACGAUCAAUUGUCACAGCCCCAAGAGAAUUCCGGGAUAUUCCUCUGCUGACUGCCGGAGGAAUUCUCCAUGCGGCAAAACAUUCAGCCGAGGCUGCUAUUGUUCUUCAUGCAGCAAUAGAUUAUGCUCCGACACAGAGUCAUCAGCAUUUAGCUCUUGGUCAUGUUUAUGCUAUUUUGGGUGAUUACAAUCGAUCAAUUGCUUGUUAUGAUAACUCUUUGAAGUUAACGCCUAGUAUGGAACAGGCGAAACAAGCUAAAUUCGUUAUCUUGUGCUGCCAGAGCUUAGAGAAAUCAUUGGGAGCUUUGCAUAAGAAACUUGAUGACAUUGUAGAAGAACUUCAUGCUCAGCAGAAUGACUACGCUGAAUGGCUUAAGCUCGAGGAGAAAAUAUUAUGUGAGAGAACAAGAUCACCAUUUCUUGCUCUCCGUGGCCAACGUUUAGGACCAACUUUGUCAUCACGAGGACAAGUUUGUACUCAUCGAGAGGAUGAUGAAGCAACACUAUCCUGUCAAACUGUCGGUGACAAUCAUAUAUUCUCUCACAAUUUUCAGAUUGACAUUGGUGUUAGUCUGCAGCAACUUAAAAAUGUCGAGAAUCAAGUUGAAAAGAUGAAUGAUCGAAUGACGAGUACAAAAGUUAUACAUCCAAAGACUGAUCGUGCAGAUAAAAUAAGAGAUACUAGUAACGAGAAGAGCCCAGAAUAUUUGUCUUUAUUCAUGGAACCAACUAAUAAGCCAAAGUACCAUCAAUUUGAAAUAAAAAAAAGUAAAGGCGAUUUUGAGGGUAAAAAUUGGCCAAAUUCGGGUGAUUGUGAUAAGCAAGAACUCAUUCUAAGUGAUACAACGCAAUAUGUACCAGUCUAUUUAUCACCAGAAAGUAAAGGAUAUGCAAUUCAAAUAUUUCUUAAUGAACUAAUAGGCAUAGAGGCAGGAAAGGAGCAUAAAUUACCUUGGUAUCCACCGACCUGCCAAUCUCCUGAGAUAUUCGACCAAAAAUUUAUCUCCAAAUCAUUGCUGAAAGCGACACUGGGGAGUCAUUCACCUGAUUCUAGUCUCUCAGGACAUCUAAUUAAUUUAGUGAAGGACGCCGAAAUAGCCGAGAUUGGGCAGAGAAUUUUGACUGCCACCAAAUCAAAAGUUGCAGCGCCUUGGGUACUCUCUGUAUUAGCGUCUUUACAUUGGCGAGUGGUUGGAAAGCCACGGAAUGCAUUAGACUGUCUUCAAUUAGCCCUCAAGUCUGUACCGAAACAAUUUAAGGAUGUACCGUUGGUCAGUAUAGCAUCCAUUGCGCAAAAGGUCGGACUCAUUGAGGAGGCGCUCAAGAUAACGAAAGAAGCGAUUCGUCUAAAUCCUGUUGAGCCACUGACAAAUUACUUGUACGGCUCUUUACUCCAGGCGAAAGGAAAUACCACCGGUGCGAUUUACCAUUUGAAACAAAGUUUAAGAGUUGAAUCUGAUGCAAUGGAUGGAAGGGCAUUGAUGCUCUUGAGGAGCAUUAUUUGCCAGAAACGUUCAGCCAACCGGAGAGGUACGGGAAUGAAAACUGACUCUAACAAUAUCGAAACGUGUGGUAUGACGUAUUCUUCACCCGAAGUAAUAGCUAGACAUGAUCUGCAAGACGGUGAAACUGUCCUUUGUCUUGGAGAUGGCAACGAUUGCAAGCCUAUACAAUGUUUCGCUAUGAAGAUGAAUACUGACGAAUCAACAGGUCCGUAAUCUCUUAUUUGUUAUGAGAGAUUUAAAUGAAAAAAAUUGACAUAUCAAAGAAAAUAAAUGUACGUUACAUUCCAAAUCACCAAUUAUAUUUUUCUAUUGAAACGUGAACAGAAUUCAAGGCCUAUGGUAAGAAAAGAGUAACUCACACAUUUUAUUUUUCCUCGCAGAUAUAUUUCCUAUUCCCCUUCUCUCCUGAUGAUUUCGAAUUUUAAUUGAACGUAUGCACGGACACUCAAUCAUGUUUUAUAUAAUUGUUUUGUACAAGUGCUUUAAUAAUAAAAGGCAUUUCUAUGA